ACUACUAGCAAUUGUCGUUAGAAACACUCAAAAUGUUUUCAUUUCUUUAAUAAAACUAAAUGUAAUACUCAUUUUAACCUAAGGAGGCUGCCAUUUAAUUUUUCGACGACAUUAUGUGGUUGCACGCACAGGCAGCCAUACUGAACACAAACACACUAAUCAGUUCUUCUGUAGACAUAAGGUGCUGUAAGAUAAAUAUGUUAAAAUAAAAAAUAUAUAAAGAAAGUGUCAUGACAGAAAUACAGGACGACCCAAGUGCGGUGAAAUCCGAAGGAGUUUAUUGAACAAACAGGCAGCAGUCAAUAACACAAAACCCAACCGCGAACGUGUUGUCCGCGGUGGUGAGAACUGGAGUCCCCCGAAAGGAUGAACACGGCGACUCGGGCUGAGGAUAGGUCUCCAACAAUAAGACGUGGAGGGAAGUGCCUGGGGACCUCACUCGGCCCGGGACUCGUGCUGAGAAUCUGGAGGUCGACCGCGACCAGAAAUGGAAUCCGGACUCCGCCUGCGGGUAGCUGCCAGCGAUGGGUAGAGGUGGUGGUGAAUGCCAACGAGAGCUGCCGGGAAACCGGAAGACGGACGAGGUAACAGGAGAGAGAGAAACUUCACAAGACAAGACACAGAGAACUAAACUUCUAUAGCCGAGAUGCAGCUACGUCUGGCAGUCUGAAACUGGCUACAAACAAGCAACGGUCAGACGAGAGACACUGAGGGAAUAUAAGGGAGAACAUAACGAGAUGGGAAGGAUUGGCAGAAUAUGGCCAUGCCAGCUACGCUACUCAGCCCCCUCACCACUCAUGUGCUAAAUAUAGCUAAAGGAGUUCCGGGAGCCAACAUGACCAUCAGCCUCUACCGCCUAGACCCUGUCUCAUCUGUGUGGAAUGAAAUUACAACAGGGUUAACUAAUGAUGAUGGCCGUUGUCUAGGCUUAAUAACAAAGGACACUUUCAUUGCUGGUGUGUAUAAAAUGCGUUUUGAGACUGAAAAGUACUGGAAUGCCCUAGGAGAGAUAAGCUUCUAUCCAUUCGUUGAGGUGGUUUUUACGGUCAAUGAUCCUUCGCAGAAGUACCAUGUUCCUCUGCUAUUGAGUCGUUUCUCUUACAGCACAUACAGAGGAAGCUAGAAACCUCAAAUUACUU